AUGGAUCACACACUCUUUGGCUGCCUGCGCAGCCCCCAUGCCACUGCGCAGAGCUUGCACCCUUUCUCCCAGUCUUCUCUUGCCCUGCAUGGAAGAUCUGACCACAUGUCCUACCCUGAUCUGUCUUCUUCUUCUUCCUCUUGCAUAAUAGCGGGAUACCCCAAUGAGGAGGGCAUGUUUGCCAGCCAACAUCAUAGGGGGCACCAUCACCAUCACCAUCACCACCAUCACCACCACCAGCAACAGCAGCACCAAGCUUUGCAGACGAACUGGCACAUUCCUCAGAUGUCGUCUCCUCCCGCCGCGGCCAGGCACAGCCUCUGCCUUCAGCCUGACUCAGGAGGACCCCCGGAGCUGGGCAGCAGCCCCCCUGUCCUGUGCUCGAACUCUUCCAGCCUGGGCACCAACACCCCCACGGGGGCAGCGUGCGCGCCAGGGGACUAUGGCAGGCAGGCUCUGUCCCCGGUGGAAACAGAGAAGAGGUCCGGCAAAAGGAAAAGCGACAGCUCAGAUUCCCAAGAAGGCAACUACAAGACAGAGGUCAACAGUAAACCCAGGAAGGAAAGGACAGCUUUCACCAAGGAGCAAAUCAGAGAGCUAGAAGCAGAAUUUGCUCAUCACAACUAUUUGACCAGGCUGAGAAGAUAUGAGAUAGCAGUAAAUCUUGACCUCACUGAAAGACAGGUAAAAGUUUGGUUCCAGAACAGACGGAUGAAGUGGAAGCGUGUAAAAGGGGGCCAGCAAGGGGCAGCAGCCCGGGAGAAGGAACUGGUGAAUGUGAAAAAGGGCACGCUGCUCCCCUCCGAGCUCUCCGGCAUCGGCGCCGCCGGGCUGCAGCACACGGGGGACUCUCUAGCCAACGACGACAGCCACGACAGCGACCACAGCUCCGAGCACGCACACUUAUGAUGCACACAGAGUGCCCCAGCUCCGUUCUCAGGAAAGAUGCUUUGCUGGCAAGCCUUACACAGGCAUCGUUUACUUAUGCAAGUGACUCUGGCAGUGAUCUUUAAAGUUGUUAUGGAAAAUUCAGGCUUAUUGUGUCUGCUUUUCUCGAUUCUUAGAUGGUUUACAGUAAGUGCCGUGUCUUAAAGGUGCCUCAAGAGUGGAGAAGUGGAAGACAAACUUACUUUGAACAUUCCAGAUUUGUUUGUCGUUUUUAUGACAGCGGGCAGGUAUUUUUGCUUAAGCUUGCACUGAAAAUUACAUUGCUCUCAAAGAUGUUAUAUUCUGAAAACCACAGUGCCACAAAAUCACUAUCUAGUGGAUAAGAAUUGUAUUUUAACUCUGUAUAUAUUUACCUUACAGCAUUUUCCUGUCUUCACUAAUUUUUAGCAAUGCAUUCAUAUUAGCUGAUGGCAAUAGUCACUCAUGACAAUAAAUGGCUUUUUGUCUCUAUAUCUUUGUUUUGUUUUACCAAAGACAUACAAUAAAUGCAGAUACUUUUGUUCAAGUAGAGAACAAUACAAUAGUGUCUGCUAGGACACAUCCUUGUAUGACAGACAAAACAAACCUUAUGUUGCAUUUACUAUCAACUGCUGCUAAUAGGGUAUUAUUAAAUUUACCUAGCUCCUCAAUUCUUCCUAUCUUAUAACUGCAAAAAGUGAUUUUAACAAUCAUAAGGAUAGUCCAGUAACCUGCCAAAAAUGUCAUGUUCCACUCAUGCUCAGUGGAAACUUUCCAAAGGAUUAAUCAUUUCUACUUUGUCAUAAUUGAGUACAUUGAUAAAUGCUGAAACUCUGCAGAAAUGUUGUUGCUUCAUGUUCAGUUUGAAAAAACAGCAGCUAAACUGAAAGCUAUUAUCAACUGCUUAUGUUGGCAGAAAUCAAAAUAUGAAGGUAACUCUGUAUUGUGUCCCAUGUGUAAAAUCAAGACAUAAUUUCUGUUAUAAGCUUUUGUGUACAUACAGGCAAAUACCAAACCCCAAAAUUUA